UGAGACAGUGUUGUGGUGAACCUGGUUGAGACCAGCACGGCCCCCAGUGGGAUGGAACUGGUCAGCUCCUAUCAGACCAACAGAGUGGGGGACCCCAUGGACCUGGUCGCUCUUGCCGAGCAAGUGCAGAAGGGGGACGACUUUGUCAAAGCCAACGCUUGCAACAAACUGACAGUAAUCGCUGACCAGAUCAGGUACCUGCAGGAGCAGGCCAAAAAGGUUUUAGAAGAAGCAAAGAGAGACGCUGACCUCCACCAUGCUGCCUGUAAUAUUGUGAAAAAGCCAGGCAACAUGUACUACUUGUACCAGCGGCCGUCUGGACAGAAAUACUUCUCCAUCAUCUCCCCUAAGGAGUGGGGACCAAGCUGCCCUCAUCCGUUUCUUGGCGCAUUCAAGCUUCAGCCUGACAUGUCCUGGACUCCUGUGGAUGAGGUGGAGAAGAGGGACGCAGAGCUCGCCGUCAUGGGCAAACUGCUCAGCCACCAGACAGCCCUACCUCCAUACACGGGACCCAACUUCAGAGGUCUAGAUGAAUAAAGUCCCGUUUAAACUGGACCAAAAAUAUGAUCGGUACAUACAGAUACAUGUCCCACGCAGGGAGAACCACCGUUUUGUCUUAGGCUGCCAUAAAUGCAUUUUCAAAGAAUGUGUGUUUUUCAUUUUCUGGAAAAUAUCAAACCGGGACUCAUGA